AGAGCUGUCCCCUCUGUCGUGCCUGCAUUUGAGUUUUCAACACCAAAAAGAGGCUAUCAGACAAGGACCAAUCUAUCCACAGAGACAAAUAUUGUUACCUUUUUUGUCUUUUUUUUGUUCGGGGGAGGGUCAACAGUACUGGUUUUUGGUUCUUCUUUUCCUCCACUGUUGAUGUCUUUGUCUGUACCAAGUCGAAGUUAAUAUGGCGUCAGAUGGCAACAAGGGCAAGGAGGAAGCUAAAGACACGACCGGGACCCAUCCUGAAGACAGUGAUGAUGAUCGUGAUGAGGCCAUUCCAUUGGGUCCACAGCGCACCCUGAAAGAACAGCUUGAAAAAGACGAGGAUGAUGAGAGCUUAAGGAAAUGGAAAGAACAGCUUCUCGGAGGUGUGGAUAUUAACAACAUUGGAGAAACACUUGAUCCAGAAGUGAAGUUCCUUAGCGUGUCGAUCGUCUCGGCGGACAGGGCCGACAUGGUUCUUCCGAUUCCGGAAGACGGAAAGCCGCAGGGCUUAUGGUUUACACUGAAAGAAGAUAGUCAAUAUCGGUUGAAGUUCUCCUUCCAAGUAAGCAACAACAUUGUAUCGGGCCUCAGGUACACUAAUACUGUAUGGAAAACAGGUGUCAAGGUUUAUAGCACAAAAGAUAUGAUUGGGACCUUUAGUCCUCAGCUAGAGCCUUAUACACAUGAAAUGCCAGAAGAGACAGCCCCUUCUGGUUUUUUGGCUAGAGGAUCAUAUACUGCAAAAUCAAAGUUUAUUGAUGAUGACCAGAAGUGCCACUUGGAGAUCAACUAUACAUUUGACAUCCGCAAAGACUGGACUUAGAGCUCUACCAUGUCCCCUUCGGACAUUUUUCAUCUGCUACUUCUUCAUGCAACCAAGUGAAGUGAGAAACAAUCUCUCU